AUAACAGCCGCGACCAGAUCCGACGAGUAAAACCAUCUCUCGUUUCACUUCACGCGGCCGGCCGAACUCCCCACCUUGCUGCCAGACGCUUUGCUCCGCCCCGAAGCUUCCCCUCCUCCGUCGCCGGCCAAGAUGAUGUCCGGCGGUGGCUACUCCGCCCUCGACGACCCCAAGGCCUCCGGAUCCGUCCCGGCGGCGACGGGGCCAGAUCCGCAGGCCAUCAAGUUCACCGACUCCAACCUCCAGACCUUCCCGCCUUCCGACACCAGGGGCAAGAUCUCCGGCGCCUACCGCCCGCCCACCGACGCCGACGACACCUUCUCGUCCAAGGCUGGCGGAGGCGGAGGCGGGGGCGGUGGGGGCCCGGACGAUGCCGCGCAGGGCGGCUGGUUCCGGAUGUUCUCCGUCGCUGCCUACAAGCCCUACUUCGACGUCGACACCUCCGACGUCGUCGAGAGGAUCUGGGAGUCGGUCUUCCCCUUCCGCGGCACCUUCACCGACAAGACUUCCGAGAAGCCCGACCUGUACGGGCCAUUCUGGACAUGCACCACCCUGAUUUUUGUUGCAGCAUCCAUUGCCACAUUUGUCACCUACCUGUCCCACAAAUGGCACAAGAAAGAGUGGACCUAUGAUAUUAACCUGGUUACAUGGUCUGCUGGCUUAUUCUAUGGCUAUGUGACAUUUGUUCCCCUUGGGUUAUAUGUCAUUCUGAAGUACUUCUCGGCACCUGCUGGACUCGUGCAGCUGUGGUGCCUGUAUGGAUACUCUCUGUUCGUCUUCAUUCCAGCAUCUCUUCUGUCCAUUGUGCCAAUAGAAAUAUUCAGAUGGGUUAUUGCUGGUGUCGCUGGGUUUAUGUCUGCUACCUUCGUUGCUGUCAAUCUCCGUGCCCACAUCUUGAACUCUGGGGAGAGGUGGUUUCUGAUCGUAGCAGGAAUCUUCUUGUUGCAGUUGGGAUUGGCCGUCUUGCUGAAACUUUAUCUCUUCACGAUAACUGUAUAGGGAAUGGUGUCUCUGCUUGUAAUAGUCAGAAAUGACAAUGCAGUUUUCCAUGUCUGAGUCGAUUCAUUGAUGUAAUUUUCCAGGUAUACAUCCCACCUUACAUGUGACACUCAGGAACAAACACAUACCACUUCAUUAGCCUCUGAAAUCAUUGUAGAAAUGGCAAAAUGUCCUUUUGUUGUUACGAGGUUAAAGUAUGUUACCGUGGCUGGAA